AUGGAUGGCCUCCACGACCAAAUAGGCAGGCGACGGAAGCGUGUUUCCAGGGCGUGUGAUCGGUGCCGAAGCAAAAAAGAUCGCUGUGAUGGAACCCGACCGACAUGUCUUGCGUGCCAGGCAGCUGGUUCCGUUUGCUCCUAUGACCCAUCCGCCAAAAAACGAGGGCUUCCUGAGGGUUAUGUUCGUGGGCUGGAAAAGCUGUGGGCGUUGUCACUUUCCAACCUUGACGGUCUGGAAGAGAGGGUGUUGGAGUUGCUGGCAGCCAGUGAUGACCCCGGUUCUGCUAAAAGGAGAAAACUUAUUCCCCUUUGGCUAAACGAGUCCGUGUCCGAAAAACUUCACGACUCUUGGAAAACCUGCGAGCUAUACCGAGAGCUUGAGAAAUUACUAGCUGCUGGUGAUAUGGAAAGCGUGUUCCCAAGGGACGACAAUGAAAAUCAAGCCCGAUCGAACGGUCCCACCGAGUCUUUCUCCGUCUCCCACGAUCCCUUUGAAUACCGCAUCACUCGAGGCUGCUCCCGUCAGUCAGAAGCAGGGCUAUCGGCCUCUACGAGAUCGAAGAAGAUUAAAUUAACACCUCCCCCCGGUCCCCCCCGCAGUUCCGGUCACCUACAACUCCCCGUCCAAACACCACCCCUACUCGAUCUCUACUUCUCGCAUACGCACAGCUGGUUCCCGAUUAUCGCAAAGCAUACGGUCUUAAGAACUUCUUGCCUAUACUCUACCGACCCCCCCGCUCUCACCAGGAAGUCUCCGGGCUCGGGUGACCAUGCUGCUCUUUGGGCCAUUCUGAGCUACACCACGGCACAAUUGAAACCUCUCCCAAACGCACCGCCGCUGGGUUUCACUGACCCGCUUUCAUCUGCUAAGAAAUACUACGCCAUUGCUAGGAGCCUUAUCCCAAACGAAAAGGAAGGUUUUGAAACCGGGCACAUUCAGGCGCUACUUCUUUUGACACUCGUGAAUAUUGGGUUGGGAGACUGGGCCGCUGCGUGGCUUCUGAGCAGCCAGGCUACAACCUUAGUGCUUCACCUAGGGAUUGGAAUACAAGACAGCAACAGGCAGACGUGUCAAGAUGGCAAGCAAGGCAAUGCGGUUUUCCUAGGUUGUUUUCUUGUCGAUACCAUGUUAGCCGCACGCCUUGGACGAUGUCCACAAAUGCGCCCAGAAGACCUUACCCCAGUCGGCUUACUCGAAGAAGAUGGGUUGGAGGAAUGGAAUCCUUGGAUGGAACUCUUGCCUACCACCGGUGCAGUCCACGGCCAACACUUACCUGGACGUGGCCCACUUCUUACGCGCAGCUGUUUCAACAGGCUGAUCGAACUUGCAACCUUCUUGAACCGGGCAGUACGACACGAAUCCGCCUAUGUGGACGCCCAGUGGAUUCAUCGGACUCUCCUUAAGGAUAUACAAGCUUGGGAGCACAAGCUGCCUGUCUCAUGCCACCUGACCACGCUUUGCAAUAAUGCAAGCUCAGAGGGUGUUUUAGCUCUCCUUCCACACCAGAUCUAUCUUUCCCUGACUCAUAUCGCCGCCCUCAGUUUCUUCACUACCCGAUUUUCAACGCAAGGCCAAGGCCCUCUUUUGCCGACGACACGGUUAUUACAGUUGACGCCGAGCCUACUAGCUGCGCAUGGAGCAACCUUUAGCCAGUUCACCUUCCCUCCCCUUUUCGAGUGCUCUCUACACAUCAUUGCUGACCGCAUUCGGCAUGGCGGGGCCGCAGGGGAACUGAAUGCGUCUCAAAUCCUUUCCUGGUCCGAUUCGACCGCACAUGAGAUACUAAACGUCAGAGGGAUUUGGCCAGUGACCGCAGCUCUUGCCCAGGAAAUUGGGAGCAAGGGUUCGAGCAGCCAAGCUCCCCCUUCUUUACACGGUGACUACUCUCAGAAGGCUCUAAGUACCAGGAUGGAUGACGGCGGACCACCUGAAAAUUACCAGCGAGCGGUGGACAACAACAUGGAGCGGAUACCGCGCAUUGUAUUGUCACCGCAAUACUGCGCGCCUCGACAUGCAUGCCGUGUCGGCUUGCCUGUGUUUACCCUAGGCCCCGAAAUGGAGCGAAGUAGCGACAUUGGCACAAACGCUACUGAUCCCACCCCCCUCCCGCGGCAAAUCGGCAUGCAUCGAGCGCAUGCACAUUCCGUCAACGUGCUCAGCCCUUAUACCUCCCAGCUUCCGACGGCCGACAAUGCAGAUCCUCCAACUGUCUCUGAUCAAUUCUCAUCACAUUUGCAGCCAGCAACCCCUGCCUCGACGCCGCCCAGCACGGCUCCGAAGCCGUCUCGGACCCAUGCGGCGGUAGCAGGAGCAGCAUCAGCAGUGGCGGCGAAACAGCACUGCCCCGGCAACGACCUCGACUCGAUCUUCGACAAUUUCGCGCACCUGGACACGAAUGAAUGGGCGACGAGUCGGGAGCAGAGCCUGAAGGAUUUUGGAUUUGCGGACGAGCUGGCGUUCCAGGCAUUCUGCCGUGAUCCGGACCGCGUUGCUGGGACACAAAAUAAUAAUAAUAAUGCUGUGUUUCGCCCGUCUGGCACCGCAGACGUGUGGCCGCCGUCAGGUUUCUAUCCGGACACGACGCGGGAGGACGGGCGUGAUUGGCAGACUCGGAGCUCACGGACCUAA